CGUCCAUACACUAAGUUUUACAAUGUAUGCACGUGUGUAUUAGAAAUUAUUGCAAUUUUAUGGGUUUCAAUAAGUUUUAUAUAUUCUAAAGUUAUGGAAGAAGACCAUCCAGAUUACAUUGCACAAACUACCAAGUUGCUUAACGAAAUCAACUCUAGUGUUUUGGAAGCAAAUGAAUCAAUAAUCAGGAUCGUCAAUCAAGAAUAUAAAACAUCCAAAGGAAUAAGCUUAUUAGAAGUAAAAUGCCAUACAUUAAUAAGUUAUCUUAGUGAUUUGACUCAUAUUAUAUUAAAGAAAUGCCAAUUCCAAUCUAUUAAAGAUGACCCAUCUAUUGAACGUCUUGUUGAACAACGUACUGUUUUAGAACGCAUUAGGCCUCUGGAAUUUAAAAUAAAGUAUCAAAUUGACAAACUUGUUAAAACUGCAUUAUCUGGUUCUGUUGAUCCUAAUGAUCCAGAUCGGUUUCGUGCUACUAUUGAAGGCCUAGCAGAUGCAGAUGCUGAUGAUUGUGAAGAAGACAAUGAAUCUGAUAUUGAUAAAGCUGUUUCACACAGUAAGAAAAAAUCCAAAGAUGGAAUAUAUGUUGCUCCUAAAGUUACAGCAGUUCCAUAUGAUGGCGAUGAGUCACGAGCAGUCAAACGACAAAAAGAAUUAGAAAGGGCAAAAAAGAGAGCUCUACAAAGUUCAGUUAUGCAAGAAUUACGGGAAGAGUAUGCAGAUACGCCUGUAGAAAUGCAAAUUAAUACAGUUGGAUUAAAAAAUAAACAAUCCAACUAUGAUAAAGAAAGACAAAAGUACGAAGAAGACUAUUUUACAAGGUACCUAAAAAUUUAAGUUUAUAUAUUUUUAUUCUUUAACACAUUCUUAUUUUUAUUUUUUAUUAAUAUUUAAUUGAAAUAUUAUAUUCUUUGUUAGAUUACCAGUUACUAAAAAGGACAAACAUAGAGCUAAACAGAUAUCGUCAAUUACUCUUGGAAAGUUAGGAAAGGAAGUUACUAGAUUUGAAGAUAUUUCAGCAGCGCUUGGAGGAAAAAUUAAUGAAAAAAGUGGCAAUAAAAGAAAAAAGAAAUUUAAAGGAAAAAAUUUAAAAAAAAAAAAAAGAUUUUAA